GCAACUUUUUCCCAGAAUAGUAGUCAUUUCUUCACUUCUUUCUGCAAUUUUCUCUCUCUAAUCUUUGUGGUGCUGUUUUUUUCUGGGUUUUUCUCACAUCUCAGGAAAGGGCAUGUGAGCAAUGAACAGUUUAAAGAUUUUUGCCAGAAGAACAUUGGCUGCAGUGUACAAUCCUACCGCGAUAACUAGAUCAUAUUAUUGUUCGUUUUCGUCGUCUGUUUCAGCUCCGUUUAACAAUAAGUUGUUCGUUGCUGGGUUGUCGUGGUCAGUUGAUGAGAGGUCUUUGUUAGAUGCAUUCUCCAAUUUUGGGAAAGUGACUGAAGUGAGGAUAAUGUAUGAUAAGGAUACAGGAAGGUCUAGAGGGUUUGGAUUUGUUUACUUUGAUAAGGAUGAUGAUGCAGUAUCUGCAAAAGAUGCCAUGGAUGGUAAGGCGUUUUUAGGUCGUCCAAUGAGGAUUAGCUUUGCUCUUGAAAAGGUUCGAGGAGCACCAGUUGUGGUACCUCGCAUUCGGGACAAUGAAGCUGCCAUCAGAAACAAGAACUGAAGCUCAUGGGUAACAAACCUGCAAAAAAGAUAGAGAAGGAAGAAAUCCUUUUGAAGUUUGCCCCUCCCAUCGACCCUGUUUUUGGCCGUUGGCUUGCUCGUGAUAUUCGGAGUACUGAGGGUUACACUGUGAAAAAUCCUCCUAUGCUGAAGCCCCCAGAUCAUUACAUUGA